AUGUCUGAACAUCAUCGUAAACCACAUGCUAUGAAUACUGACGGGUCACAACGAGUGUCAUAUCUUAAGCCUAGAUCAAGAAUAAGCAUUUCUUGGGACAGAUUACUGUACAAUGUUCGUUAUAUUAGUCAGCAUUGGAAGGAUCGUAUAUUGGUGAAAGCUGCUGCUGUUAUGAUUGUUUAUACUAUUGGAUUGUAUGCUUUCAUUAAAAAAUAUUAUGGCAAUGAACAUCCACUAAAUCGUUAUCAAUGGAGGCAAAUGAAGAGAAAUGGCCAAUUAAGCGAGGAAAUGUUGCGUAAGGAAGAAAUUGUUCAAAAUUUUAUGAAAGCACGAUUUAGUAAAGUGUAUGAGAAGGAACCCGUUUAUUCCGUACGACGGCAAGGUCCUCCCGGAGUGUUGUGA